AUGUCUGAGAAGUGCACUUUACGGGAACAUAAACGACAGAGGAAGCACCAGUCAAGACAAGUUCAGAAACAUGAGGAAGAUACACAAAGGCCAAGAGAUAGCAAAUAUUUUUUUGAUUCAUUCUAUUACCUGCCUUCAACAGGGAUAUCCAUGCCUAUUCCAGUAUUUGGAUUAAAGGAUUUCUCCAAAGUGUUAAAAGGUGGCAGCUGUUUCCUAACAGAUGACAACUUUGUUCUGGUGGGAUCCUUUGUGGCCUUUUUCAUCCCCUUGACCAUCAUGGUGGUGACAUAUUUUUUGACAAUCAGAGCUCUGCAGAAUGAGGCUACUAUGUGCUUGGACGAGCUGGUCCCAAAACCCAAAUGGACAUCAUUUAGUUUCCUCCACCAGAGCUCUUUGUCUUCAGAAAAACUUUUUCGAAGAUCUCUAAGCAGAGAUGCAGGAAUGAAUGGGCGUAGGACGAUGCAGUGCAUCAGCAAUGAGCAGAAGGCCUCUAAAGUCCUGGGGAUUGUCUUCUUCUUGUUUGUGGUGAUGUGGUGUCCUUUCUUUAUAACCAACGUGCUGGCUGUGAUCUGUAAAGACACCUGCAAUACAGCCAUCAUGGAAAUGCUGCUCAAUGUAUUUGUGUGGAUUGGCUACUUGUCAUCCGCAGUGAAUCCUCUGGUUUAUACCUUGUUUAACAAGACCUAUCGUUCAGCAUUCUCACGUUAUAUCCACUGCCAGUACAAAGAAGAAAAGAAGCCUCUGCAACUUAUUUUGGUCAACACUCUCCCACCACUGGCUUACAAUUCCACACAAUUGCAACUGGGAGACAUGGAAACCCUAAAAAAUGGCAGUCGGAUUGAUCCCAAGGACUUUUCAGUACUUGCCAUUGGAAUUAACAAUUUUAACACUUCAAAACUCAGCAAAGGGAAGAGUAAAGAAAACGUGAGCGCUGUAUAGCUGCUUCUCAUUAAUUUUGUAUCUGGACAGGAGUCAUUGUAAUGCAAAAACUUAAUCAAAACUGAUGUUAAAGAAAGGCUCUUAACACCGAGGGAAAU